ACCAUCGCGCUUGGAUGAACGACUCAAAAUGUUAUUCAUCGCGCUUGGAUGAACUUCCGGCCGUCACUGCCAUCUGCCCACGCCCUGUCUGAUUUCUCAUUUCUGCUUUGGCUUGUCACUUUCCUACAUACCAUACUCUGAUUUCUUAUUUCUGGUUUCUAUGGUGAAUUUGAAGAGAGUUAUAUCAUUGUACGAUGAAUUAGGGAAAAUAUCUCUAUUGAAGAAGUUCUUGAUUUUGGAACAUAAUGCAAUAUAUGCUGGUUUCGAAACUCAUAGAUUGUGAAAAUGGGAGGGAGAGAUGAAGAGGAGUAAAAGUGUUUCUGCCUUUGCUUAUCUCAACUGAUCUGCUUGUGCUUUUCGUUCUCCUGGAAAUACUGAAUGGGUACAGCUCCUAAAUCUUUGAACUCUCUCCUUUUCUUCUUCUCGAAUCAUUUGAUUCUUGAUUAUCGUCGUGUAUGGCAUCUUUCAUUCCAUUCUUCAAAUACUUACUAUCUCCGUAGUGCAGCUACCAACUUGUCCACCAGAGUUCAAGAAUAUGGGGAAAGCCCCAAACAGUUAUUGAAAUAUGUAAGAGAUCAAUGCAAAACUGGGACCUUCAAGAAUCUUGACGCUGCCUUGGGCUUAUUUGAUCGAAUGGUCCGCAUGCACCCUUUGCCUUCUGUUGUGUCUUUUAAUCAAUUGCUGACAUCAAUUGCAAGAGCGAAGCAUCACUUAACUGUGAUUACAUUGGUAAAAAAAAUGGACUUGUUAGAAAUUGCUCCCAAUCUUCAUACUCUCACUGUUUUGGCUAAUUGCUUCUGCCAUCUUAACCGUGUCGAUUUGGGGUUCUCUGUUUUGGCAAAAUUUUUGAAACUGGGUUUUCAACCUGACCGUGUGUCUAUAAACACUCUUGUCAAGGGGCUCUGUCUCCAGGGUAAAAUUGCUGAAGCGGUGAAUUUGGCUGAUGAAAUGGGGGAGAUGGGAUAUAAACCUGAUGGAUUUACCUAUGCGACCAUAAUUAACUCUCUGUGUAAAGUAGGUGAAACCGGCCUGGCCAUUAACUCGCUUAGGAAGAUGGAAGAUGCAAAUUUUGUACUUAAUGCAGCAUCGUAUAAUACAAUCAUUUGCAGUUUGUGCAAGGACGGAUUGUUGACUGAUGCCUUGAAUUUUUUUUCCGCAAUGACGAGUAAAGGCAUUCAGCCAGACCUUUUUACUUACAAUCCCUUAAUUCAGGGCCUAUGCAAGUUUGGCCAUUGGAAAGAGGCUGCUAAAUUAGUGACUGAGAUGGAAGAAAGGAAUAUCAUGCCAAAUGUGCGCACUUUCAAUGUAUUGGUGGAUGCGCUUGUAAAAGAGGGGAAGAUGACGGAGGCAAAAGAAGCUUUUGAUAUGAUGACUGAGAAAGGCAUAGAGCCAGAUGUAGUCACGCACAACUCUUUCAUUGAUUGUUAUUGUGGGCAAAACAGAAUGGAUGAGGCAGUCAAAACAUUUAAUAUGAUGGUUAGGAGGGGUUGUUCUCCUAAUGUUUUUAGCUAUAGCACACUAAUCAAUGGAUAUUGUAAAAGUAAGAGAAUUGCUGAGGCAAUAAAUCUCUUUCAUGAAAUGUUAGACAAGAAAAUGAUUCCCAAUGUUGUCACUUACACCACUCUUAUAGGUGGGUUUUGCCAAGUGGGGAGACCUCGGGCUGCGUUAGAGCUACUCCAUGAGAUGCAAGCUUGUGGAGAACAUCCUGAUCUCCAAACUUAUGCCAUUUUGUUCGAUGGUCUUUUUAAGAACAGACAUUUUGUGGAGGCAAUGGCAUUGUUUCGAGAGAUGGUAGACAAAAAGUUGGACAUUAAUAUUGUGAUUUACAACAUCUUGAUUAAUGCUAUGUGUGAUGCGGGAAAACUUGUGACUGCAAAGGAACUCUUUUGUAGUCUUUCUACCAAAGGGUUGCAACCUAAUGCUCGCACUUACAAUGUAAUGUUCAAAGGCCUAUGCAAAGAGGGACUAAUAAAUGAAGCCUGCGAGCUGCUUGAGAAAAUGGAUGGGAAUGGUUGCUUGCCUGACAAUUUGUUGUAUAACACAAUUAUCCAAGGAUUACUGCAACAUAAUGAGACAUCAAGGGCAGUAGAAUAUAUUGAAAUAAUGGUUGGCAAGGGUUUCUCUGCAGAUGAAACAACUGCGACCAUGGUGAUUGACUUGUUGUGUGCUAAUAAAGUUGAUAAUGCAAUGCAAGAGUGGUUUGAGAAGCUUUUGUAAAAGGCUUUCUUGGUUUUCCAUUUCAAGAACAUCUAUAUACUUCAACGCUUCACUAGCUGAUCUAUAGGGUAUUUUUAUUUACUUCAAGUGAAUUUUAAAUCUCUCGUUUUUAUGGGCAAGAUUGAUCAGUCCUCCGCCUCUAUUAUCUUUCAUUGAAAUGUUUGACUGAUGGAAAGUACUUGCAGCAGAAAUUAGACUCUGGGAUUUUGGUGGUUAUAUCUCCAUUGUUUCCUGAUGUGAAUGUUUUUAAAUUUUCCCUGAUGAUAUUAUGUUUGUGAGUAGUAUGUUGGAAAUGUUGUCUAACAGAAAUAUUUAUUAUGCUGAAGUGCACUGCAUUAACUUCUAUGAUAAGGUGCAGUAAGUACCAUACUCAUUUUUAAAGCUGGGUGCCCUUGUAUCAUAAACUUGCUGUAACUUUUUGUAUGUUGGACUGUGAACCAAUCAAGACUAGUGUACAUUGAAUAGAUUAUCAAGUUAAGGAAGUUGCUGAUAAUGGGAUCUGCUUGUUUGUUCAUGGGCUAGAUUUUAAGCAAUUUAGUUGCAGUAAGGCACAAAAGGUAGCUGCUUGAUGAUCAUGAAAUCCUCUACUUUACGAACAUCAGAGAUGCUCACUAUUAUAAUUUAUAACAAAAGUAAGAUAUCAUGGACAUUUGCUGGUCUGAUCUUGCGUUGGUGCAAAACCUAGUGCUUACUAGUUUUACCACUGUGUUUACAAUCAGAAUGGACAAUCCAAAUGUAAUCAGUCUAUGUUACUGUCUAUCUCAAACCUUCUGAUUGGCUUUGGCUCUGGUCAUAACCCAGCAUGAUUUUUUUCGAAUGGUCUGAUCCUCACGAUUUCUGAUUGCUGACCUCUUUACACAUAAUGCUCUUCUUCAGUCUCACCAAUGAUGCUUGAACCUGAUUUAUCUGGUUGUCCAUAGGCAAGCAUUUUCCAUAAAAAGGCCACAAUCCCUCUUAAUUCUGUAUCACACAGCCAUCUGAAUUUAGAGUAAUGUACAUAGAAGUUAGUUUGGCGCUUUUGAUUGUUCCAUGCCUCCAUCCCUCCCAUUUAGAUGGAUCUCCCUUUCCACUGCAUCAUUCUUUGUAGUUUUGUGUACAUACAGGUUGCUAGAUUUUCAAAAUUUGUAAGUGAAGAUGCAGAAAUGCUGUUAUUGAGCUUGAUGUUGUUUCCUCCCAACUUAUGUUUCAAAUGUACUUAUGUCUCAAAGAUUAAAUAAUAUAACUCAGUAGGGGUCUUUAUUGAGCAAUUAUUGUAUUCCUAAGCUCCAAGUAUAUUAGUUGUAUCUCCAUUAUUUUGUCAAGUUAAUUUUUUAAACAUGCCCUGAAAUGAUAUUACGAAUAUGGGUAGAAAAUUGAAAAUGUAGUUUAAUCGAAAUCCUCGUCAUACUGAAGUGUAGUGCAUUAACCUCCAUGAUAGGGUGCAGUGAGUACCUUUCUACAUGCUUGAUAGCCCUGUGUUGUAUCAUAAGCUUCCGUUUAACUGUUUGGGUAUUGGACUGGGAACCAAUUUAGACCAGUGCAGUUUGAAUUGAUUACAACUUUAGGAAGUUGCUGAUAACUAGAGUUGCUUCUUUUUUCAUGGGCUAGAAGGCAAGCAAUUUGCAAAAUGCAAUUUCACAGUAAUGAUCAUGAAAUAAACUCUUUAUAAGUCCACAAGAUGAAAUAUGGUGUUAAUGCUGAUCCUCGGUGUUCCAAAUUAAAGACAAUGUUCCAAAGUAAGGCGAGCUGGGUUAGUAAAAGCUAUUAUCUAUAACAGAUGUAAUUCUUUCUUUUUUGAAUGCAAUGGAAUUUAAGAUCAUUAGUAUUGCCAUUUGCUGCAGUAUCAGUUGGCAUUGUUAAUACGAAUAUUAUUGUUGUUACUAAUUUUCUUAUGAUUUUGUUGGUUUGAUACUAAUUGUAUUAUCGUGGCCUAUCAUUGCAAGCAUGAUUUUGUGUUUGCCCUCUAAAAUGUUUGCAAAUUUCAACGUAGAUUUCUCACGAACUUAUGAAUGUGGUGGUAAUUUGUCCUGCAUAUUCUGAGCCCAUUUUUUAUUGCAUUCUUUUCAAACAAGUUUUCUUUUCAUAGGUCUUUCUUUUUUGUUUGACCACAUCCUUUUUUCUUGUCAUUAGUGAUUUAUUGUAGCUAGUAUGCAAAUAGGUAUUUAUGAUAUGAAAAGCUUGAUGCUAUUGUUGCUUAUUAUGGUUUCUACUUUCUCUUUGUGGUUUUAGAAGCCUUAAAAUGAUUGAAAUGUAGCUUAGUAAGUGGUGUGAGUAUUAGCCUUGGAUUUGUGUUUUUAAUGUGGUUAUUUUGAUCUCUUUGAUUGGUCUACUUUUCAGCAAGAUUUUUUUUCUCAGUUAUUCUGUAACAUCCCAAUCCACCGCCCCCCCCCCCCCCCCCCCCCACAACAUUAUUAUUAUUGUUAUUGUUAUUUUAUUAGAUAUGUUUUGAGGUAGUAAUUUGUUUUGAAUAGGAUUUCUCCACAGUUAAACCAUACAUCUCUUUUAUUUUUCUGUUUGGUUUCCAGAGUAGUUUCCUUAUCUGAAACUAAUUUUCAAUUCAAACACUUUAAAACUCUUAUCCUCCCGGUGUUUCUUUCCUCGUGGGAGUAGUUUUCCAAAUUCUAGUUGAAUUCAAAUCCCUCCAGAUUACCCACGGCAUCUCCCUCUCCCUCAUCUAUAAAUCCCACGGGAUCCUUAGAUUUAAACACUAGAAAAAUCCAGUUGAAUCAGAGGAAAAAAAAUACUUGCGAAGCCCCCUCAUUUUUUCAUCUGCUUUACUCUCACCAAUAUCACUUACUGUCUUUUACCCUCAUCUGCUUUAUUCCAGCCUUUGGAGUUCUAGAAAUAAAUUAUGUGUUUAAGGAAGUGGGCGUUGGGCUUAAUGUUCCAGUCGGUCAAACUGAAACGUGGGUUUGCCUUUUAUGGUUCAGUUCUACUUUUUUCAAAAUAUCCAUAUUGUUUUGAGUUAAUUCCAAAAAAUACCCCUUGAGUUUUGUCGUGUAUCACCAACUUGACUUUCAAAUCUUAUAUUUUAACUGCAGUAAGAAGUUUCUAGAUCUCAUUGUUGGUGAAAUUACAUUUGUGCCCAUAAAACUUUGCUGUUGAGUUUCCAAAAAGCCAAUUAUACUUCCAGCCUUUAAGGGUAUAUGACAAAAUGGGCUUUAAAGGUGUUUUUAUUUACGUGGCUUUGCUGUAUGACUGGAGUUAAUUUUAAACUUGGGCUGGGUUUGUUUUAAAUUGGGCUUGAUUCUAUUAUAUUUCAGAAAUUAUCAUAAUAGUUAAGUGGGUUGGAUUCAUAUGGGCUUGAUGUUUAAAGUGGGCUGGUUAUAUUUCUUUUUUUACAGAAACUGUUUUUGGUGUUUAAGUGAACAAAUUUCUUCAAUUGGGCCUUGGGCCUUUCUUUGUUUUAAAAUAUACUUUGUUUUAGUGUUUAUGUUUUUGUUUUUACAUUUUCAAUUUUAUGUUUUCAAAAAUAGUUAUAUUCAGUUUAAUUAAUGUUUUCAAUAAAUGAGGUAUUUCAAGAUAUGAAUCUCUUUACCGGGCAUUAUAUUAUGUACGUUAGUAACAUCUCUAUCAUACGGAAACGAGGUGUUACAUAUUCUAAAGCUACCUGUUAGUUGUGAAUGAAGUGACGAUAAGCAAGUCUGGAAAUACACCUCCAAUGGAAAAUUCAUGGUGAAAAGUGCCUAUCACUUAAAAGAUGAUUGUUGGUUCAAUAAGAUGGGGAAUCCUUUCACUUGGGCAUAUAUGGUAACUUAUGGUAAAAAAUUUGGAAGUUGAAAGCAAUGAAUGCAGUUAAAGUGUUACUUUGGAGAGCAUGUACAGAGGCAAUACUCACAAAGGUGAAUUUGAAGAAAAGGAAGAUCACAGAUGACUUUCUAUGCCCAUAAUGCAAAAGAGGUAUACCUCUUAGAAAUACCAGAGAGCUUGCAAGGGAGCAUCCCUCAUGAUUUUAUCAGUUACGAUCAUCUAGAAAGGGCUGCUCCAGAUGUGGGACUCCAAAUAUCAAAAAGUUGUUGGGAGAGCUCUUGCAAGCAGAAUCUGAAAAAGAAAUCCAUCUGAAAUGCAUUUUGCAGAGGUUAAUUGGACGAUUCUGUGCAUCAUAAUAAGUGGAGACAGUUGACUUCUGCUACUGCUGGUAGGGACUGAUGUUCCUGCAGAAAACUUUGAGCUGUCGACCAAAUCUUUGUUCAGAUGGGUGCCAAACACAUUGUGGCAAAGUAACUUUCUAACUGAACUUUCGGAAACAGCGUUAAUGCUGUUAAUGCAGUCUUCAGCCACUUGCAAUUCAUUAGUGGGCUUGGAUGAACUUGGGGGUGGGACAUCAACUGCAGAUGGACAAGCCAUUGCAUAGUCGUUCCUGGACAAAUUUAAACAUUGCAUUGCAAUCAUAUCAGUUCUUCAACAUUUUGUACUCAAAGUGCAGUGUUGAGGAUUGUUUUCUACCCACCAUCACCAAUUAGCUGUAAACUAUCAGAAAGAUCCCAAGAGGGACUCUCGCCAAGCGUGAGGGUCAAUGAGACGAGUUUUAGCCUACGUGUUGCUCGACCUCCUUCAAAGUAUUCGGGUGAGCCUAGCUUCACAUGUCGCUUGGCCCUUCUCGCCAAGCGCGAGGGUCAAUGAGGUGAGUUUUAGCCUACGAACUACUCGACCUCCUUCAAAGUAUUCGGGCAAGCCAAGUUUCACGUGCCGCUUGGCCCCUCUCACCAAGCGCAAGGAUCAACGAGAAGCUCUCUCUAGGUUUUAGGCUGUGAUGGGCAAAGUCCACCAGAGCAAACAUUCACCUUUCAACACCAAGGUAUACCUCAGUCACUCGCUAUCUCUCUCUCUUUACCUCUGUGUGUUCCUCGCAAUCUCAAACUCAAAUUUAGCCUUAUUUUUUUUUUGUGUUAAGAGAGUAUUAGGAACAUCUUUAGAAAGCACUGCCUUACUCUUAAAUUUGACUGACGAUCACUCCAAUUUUUUAACACCCGGCCAAAUCAUGCCAAGACAUAAGGAUAAUGGAGUCUUGACCAUGCUAAGAGACUUAGUAUAUAAAGCCUCGAGAACCAUAAGAUUGGUUGAGUAACCUUCAUCAUCCUUUACUUAAGAAUUCCUAAAGAGCAUUUUUUUUUUGUCAAGAAGUCCAUACGAAAAUGCCAAGAAAGAACUUAUUACCUUGAUGGGCUUUACACUUUGUUAAGAUUCCUUUUGACCUCUUGAGGAUCUUAGCUAGAUAGGGAUGGAUUCUUUUUGACCGCCAAAGGGAUUUUGUCUUAGUUUAUCUGGAUUUCUUAAUUUCAAUCUUUUAAGUUAUGGUUAAGUACUUAAUUAGAAGUAAUUCGUUUACAAAUGUCAUUUUUAUAAGAGGAACAGAAGAAAUAAAAUUGGACAAGUUAACUGAAUAUGUAAUGGAGUUGUAGAACGACAAGAGAAAGGAGAAUGCUACACUUCCUUCUUCAAGUUCUAAAUUUGUUUAGAUUUGUGUGUAUCAUCAUAUUUGGGAUUGUAACAUUAAUAUUAUUACAAUGUGUGUUUAUUAUAUUUGGUGUUGUUGGUAUUUUAAUUUCGGUAUAUUUAUUGUUUGGAUUAGUUAGUUUUAUAUUUUGUAUAGAUAUUUUCAUUUUAAUAUUUAUAUAAAAUUAAUCAGGUCAAAUGGGUUAAUGGAUCGUGUUCGUGUCCAAACGGGUCGGGUUGUGUCAUGUGAACAUAAACGGGUUGAAACGAAUCGUGCUGUGUCAUAUUAAUCUAUUUAGUAGGAUUUACUAAAUAGACCGUCAGGAAAAAAAUUGAUAACAGAUGACUUUCUAUGCCCAUUAUGCAAAAGAGGUAUACCGCUUAGAAGUACCAGAGAGUUUGCGAGGGAGCAUCUCUCUUGAUUUUAUGAGUUACGAUCAUCUAGAAGGGUAAGAACAAAAGGCUUGGAAAAUAAAGUAGCUUUAGUAGUUGCUACAUUUGAUCCUAUAUUUAGAAGUACCAGAGAGUUUGUGAGGGAGCAUCCCUCUUGAUUUUAUGAGUUACGAUCAUCUAGAAGGAUAAGAACAAAAGGCUUGGAAAAUAAAGUAGCUUUAGUAGUUGCUACAUUUGAUCCUAUAUUUGAACAAUUUUGAGAUACCUUGGCUAAUUAACAAGAUGUAGUGCCUAUUUUAUUUUAUUGUAGUUACAAUUUUUUGUGAAGCAUCUUAGAAUACUAUCAUGUUGAAUAAGAUGUCAUGGUUGUUCACAGCUGGUAUCAUCUUAGAUGAGUUGCGAUUUUAUUUUUUCUGUUACUAAUUUCCUAAAUUUCACUUCUUGAGUAGUUCUUUAUUUUGGGUUUUAUAUCUUUCAUUACUUUUCUUAGUAUUUUUGCUGGUAUUUUCAGGGCUUCACCAGAUGUUGGACUCCAAAUAUCAAAAAGUUGUUGGGAGAGCUCUUGCAAGCAGAAUCUGAAAAAGGAAUCCAUCUGAAAUGCAUUUUGCAGAGGUUAAUUGAACGAUUCUGUGACAUCAUAAUAAGUGGAGACAAUUGGCUUCUGCUACUGCUGGUAGGGACUGAUGUUCCUGCAGAAAACUUUGAGCUGUCGACCAAAUCUUUGUUCGGAUGGGUGCCAUACACAUUGUGGCAGGCCAAAGUGCCUUUCUAACUGAACUUUCAGAAACGGUGUUAAUGCUGUCUUCAGCCACUUGCAAUUCAUUAGUGGGCGGAUGAACUUGGAGGUGGCACAUCAACUGCAGAUGGACAAGCCAUUGCGUAGUUGUUCAUGGAAAAAUCUAAACAUUGCAUUGCAAUCAUCGUAUCAGUUCUUCAACAUUUUGUACACAAAGUGCAGUGUCGAGGAUUGUUUUCUACCCACCAUCACCAAUUAGUUGUAAACUAUCAGAAAGAUCCCAAGGUUUCCCUAUGUGACUUUGUCAUGUGGCAUGUAGAGUGGGAAAUGGAGUUGGUAAUGUGGAGGAAGUUACAUUUCUUUACAGGUUGACAGCUGGUGCAUGCCCUAAAAGCUAUGGUGUUAAUAUUGCAGGGUUAGCUGGGUGAUGUUGAUAUGCUUGAUAUAUGGAGACAUUGACUUGGUCAAGGUUGGCUGUUCGAGGAUCUUCACCAGGCGUGAGAGCAGGUCUUGCUGCUGUGAUUGUUAGGACAAAGGCAAGUCAUGUUACUAACAUGUAAUUGUAUAAUAAAAAUAACUGGGAGUUUUGAGCCCCUUGUCUCUAUCUUGAAGAUUAUGAGCUGAAUGCCAUGUAAAUUGUGCCUUGAAGAUUAUGUUUUUGCAUAAAUAUGUUGCAUUUCUUUA